GAGUGGUUCAUUGCUAUCGUAGAGGGUGGCUUCUUCUUAUUGGCUCUCUUUUCUUCAGUAAAGAGUCGCAAACUAAAAGGCCUAGUGAUGGCUGGACAGGCUAUUGUUGUGUUCAUACUUACAUUGCUAAUAGUAUCAGUAUCUUCACAGAUUAAAAGUGGUUAUGAUGUUAUUAAUCCUUCUCCUUUUAAUGGCUCAAAUGAAACUAUGACUGAUCCUAACUCGGACUGUGCUGCUACUCUGAUCACUUGCUUUGGUAAUACUUCUAAACUAACUGACGGAUACUUUGGUCCAAUGGAUUCACUCAAUGGUCAAUUAGGAAGAUUCUUUGCUUUUAAUCAAAAUGACAGUAGACUGACCUUUAAUCCAUUCUCUGCUGUACCAACAGUAGUAUUGUAUUUCUUCAAUUCUCCUGCUGACGGUAUUGGACUGCCUCAGUUAGAGGUUAGUAAUGCUGGCCCUCCUGUUCCUUACUUCUUCUUCAAUAAUGAUGAACUGACACUAACUGACUCUCAACUGAGAACUGUCACUUUGCAUCUUAAUCAAACCUUACCAACAUUUCAAAUUGAUUUCACAUUCCCAUCGAACAGUAGAAUUGAUUGGUUUUUAGUCAGUGAAGUUCAGUUAUUUGCUGGUACUCCUGUAUCUGCUCCAAUGGAAGAUAUUGCAUUUAAGGAUGGUAGUAUCAGUGUAGUGACAUUAGGACCAGAUAACAUUGAGUCUUCAAUCAGUAUCAACUGUACUAUACUCAAUAAUGGAUCAUUUCACUGGAACUGGCUAUUCAAUAAUACUAUACCUAUAACUGAUGAAUUAUUCAUUGAAGAUGCUACCAGAACUAGUAUACUGUACAUUAAUGGACUCUCUUACUCUAAUGAAGGAAACUACACUUGUACUGCUAACAGUACUGCUGGGAGUAUGGCAUCAAAAAGAAUUAAUCUACUGCUAGAAGUUUCCUUAACUACACCCCAGACUACAGUUGCCAUUACUUCUGGUCAAUCAGUUACUAUCAGUUGUCAAAUGACUGGAUACUUGAGACCAGGGCCAAUACAAUGGAAGAGGAAUGGUGUGGAUAUUAUGAGUGAUGGUAAUAACUAUGUUAUAACUACUGCAACUGGUGAUCCUAAUGCUGCUAUUGAUACCAAUGGAGCAACUACCAGUGGUAUCAUUAGUAUACUUAAUAAUCUCAAUGGUGAUACAGGUACUUAUACCUGUGAGAUACCAGGCACUGAUCAACAACAAUCCAUCACAGUGAGUAUAGGUACAGGCAGUACUAGUACUAGUACUAGCUCUACAGUUAGCAGUGUGGCUGGUACUUCAUCAACAGCAACAGGAUCAUCCCUCAUGUCUCCUACUACAUCUGUAUUAGUAUCUACUAUACUGUCCACUCCAUCAAUAGCUUCAUCAAUGUCCACUAUGGUAGCAUCUACUGAUACUACUUCUGCUACAAUUUCUACUAUGACAACAUCCUCAACUUCGCCUACUUCAACAGCUGCUUCUCUUCCUGUUGCCCUGGUGGGUGGUAUUGCUGGUGGUACAGUGCUAGUGCUUGUACUGAUAGUGGUUAUUAUUAUCCUGUUAGCCUGUGUGGUCUGUAAGAAGAAGAGGAGUAAGAGUUACGAAGCUGUUCUUAAGCUAGAGGGACACCCUAAGGAGCAGGUAACUCCAGUAGAGCCGUACUAUAGGCAGCCCAAGAAGAUCCUACCAUAUUCCGAGACUGAGUUCUUAUCAGAUGAUGCUCCACUGCCAGUUAACCACGGUACGACUGAAUACAGCUACAUAGACCACUCCACGGCUCAGAUUAUGAGUAACAAUGACGCUAACGAUAUGUAUCAGGAAAUACCUGAGCCACUCCCGCCACGCCCUGCUCCGAUAUCAGGCACUAAACCUUACUUCAUGAGGGAGAACCCCCAGUAUGAACCAGCUGUCUCUCGUAGUACUCUUAAUAAAAGCUACGAUAAUAUUCAAGGAUCGAAUUUUGAUAUCUAUGCUACACCAAAUGUUCCUCCUCCCAUUCCAGACUACAAAGGAUCAUUAUUUGAUAUUAAUCUUGAUCCGUCUCACUUCACGUCACAAGAGAACCUCACCCGUCCCUCCAGUGUCACUGACGGAGGGACUCCUCAGAGACUGCUACCCUUCCCUUCUACUUAUGCUCAACCACUGCCAGUGGAGAAGUCACAAUCAUCUUCAUUAUUAGAGGUGACUGAAGACAAUGUGAAGAUCAUCAGUGAACUGGGCGUCGGUCAGUUUGGUAAAGUGUUCCUAGCUCACACGGUUGGACUUACCCUCUCUGAUCUCAACCUUGGUAGUGGACAGACCACCAUUAGUGUCCUGGUUGCUGUUAAGGUUCUUCAUUCUGAUGCUGACGAGUUGGAGCGAGAAACCUUUGAGAAAGAAGUCAAGUUCAUGUCUCGUAUUAAGCACGAGAAUAUAAUACAGAUCCUGGGGGUGUGUCUGAAGAAAAACUCCUUUAUAAUGAUGGAGUAUAUGGAGAAUGGAGACCUCAACCAAUACCUUCAGAAGUUUGAGUACUCACCUGACGACCAGGUGGAGGGAGGCUCCUUCAUAACCAGUAGCUCUCUCGUUUACAUUGCUUUACAAGUUGCAGGAGGAAUGAGGUACCUGGCUGGUCAGAAUUACGUUCAUCGUGACCUUGCCACUCGCAAUUGUCUCGUUGGUCAAAAGUUUCUUGUUAAAAUAGCCGACUUUGGUAUGAGCCGACAGCUUUACGAUAAUAACUAUUACAGGAUCCGUGGGCGGGCCAUGUUACCGAUCCGCUGGAUGGCAAAGGAGUGCUUUUAUGGACGGUUCACAGAGAAGACGGACGUUUGGGCGUACGGUGUGGUGAUGUGGGAGAUAUUCACUUUAUGUCAGUGUCAACCAUACGAGACACUCAAUGACCAGGAGGUGAUUGAUAACGCACUAGCUGGCCCAGAGAGGAAGCUCCUGUCCCAGCCAGUCUCUUGUUCUAAUGAUGCUUACGAUAUCAUGUUGAGGUGCUGGGUUGAUGAUCCUGAGGCAAGAGCUUCUUUUGAGGAACUGCACGGACGUCUUGCCCAGAUACAUGCAUACGACUAACUACUAACUACCUUUAUUGAUAUUAUUUUUUUUAUUUUGUUUGAUAGUCCAAUAGUUGUGCAUGCAGUUUUAAUUAUAACGGACAUUUAAUUAACUAUAA